AUGGAUCCGGAGGGAUUGAUAUCCCUAGGGAUAGUAAUAGCUCUCGAUGUAUCGUUCAUCGAGGAGCAAUUGGAGAAGAAGGGUUACGCGGUGGGCACCUUCCUAGAUAUUGAAGGUGCUUUUAACAACACACCGCAUGAGGUGGUAUGUGAAGAGGCUGCUCGCAGAGGUGUGCCGGAGAAGAUUGUGGAGUGGAUCAAAGGCAUGCUCAAGCGACAGGUAACGGCCUCACUGGGAACGGUGAGUGUCAGUGGCUGGGUGGAGAGAGGGUGCCCUCAGGGAGGGGUUCUUUCUCCACUCUUGUGGUGUCUGGUGGCAGAUAGUCUGCUCGGAACACUGAACGAGAGGGGGAUUCUUACAUUGGGAUAUGCGGAUGACCUGGCUAUCCUAGUACGAGGCCCCUUCUUGGAAACACUCCUGGAGCUCACGCAGGGAGCAUUGGAGGUAGUCGAGGAGUGGUGUGGCAGGACCGGUUUGUCGGUAAACCCACUGAAGACCGGGCUUGUGGUAUUCACUCGCAAGUACAAGGUAGGUCCGGUGGAAGGGCCAGUCCUUGGAGGGACGAGAUUAGUCCCAACCGGGACGGCUAAAUAUCUGGGAGUAAUCCUAGAUAGGAAGCUGGCUUGGAGGGAACAUCUUGAGAACCGAUGUAAGAGUGUAUGCUCUUACUUCUGGAUAUGCAGGAGGACAUUCGGACAGACAUGGGGUCUGAAACCGAGGAUAGUCCACUGGAUUUACACGGCGAUACUCAGACCCAGGCUGCUAUACGCAUCUGUCGUGUGGUGGCCGAGGGUGCUGAAGAAAACCGCCGCGUCAGCGCUGGAGCAUAUCAGGGCUCUGGUUUUGAGAGGGGCCUUGGGAGCUAUGCGGACCACGCCGGUGGCGGCGAUGGGCAUGCUGCUGGGCAUCGAGCCCCUCGAUCGGGUAGUAGUGGCGGCGGCGGCAGCGGCGGCCUACCGCCUGAGGUGCGAAUCAAGGUGGAGGGCGGGAGCCCUGCACACAAGAUUCCCUGAAGGAAUUCUAUCGGGCCCCAUUUUUGCGAUGGGGCAAGAUAGAAGGCCAGUAAUUCGUACCUUCGAAAGAAGGUACAAGAUAAGCUUUCCCAAGCGCUGGGAGUGGGACGGCUCCAAGGGACCGGUUCCUCGGGAUGGGGACGUCUGGUUCACGGACGGCUCCGGAACGAGCACGGGCUCUGGAGCUGGGCUCUACUGCCAGCGCGAUGGAGCAAGAAUGAUCGUUCCGCUUGGCGAACACGCAACGGUAUUUCAGGCGGAAGUGGUAGCUAUCAUGAGAUGUGCCCAGAACCUACUGGAGCUCGGUAGGGUAGGAGGGCGCAUCAGAAUUUGCUCGGACAGUCAGGCAGCGCUCAAAGCGCUGGAAGGUCCGAGAUUUAACUCGCGGUUGGUCUGGGAUUGUAAAAUUGUACUAGACGAACUGGCGAAGAAUAAUGACGUUGGCCUAGUAUGGGUCCCCGGGCAUUCGGGGAUCGAGGGCAACGAAAUAGCCGACUUGCUUGCCAAGGAGGCAGCAGAAACAAGGUUGGUGGGACCGGAGCCGGCUGUUGGGAUCUCCUUCUGCCUGGGCAGGAGGAGGAUCGGGAGCUGGCUCCGGGACCAGCACCUUGAGCACUGGAGGAAAGUUACGGGGGUCAAAUGCAGACAGGCCGGAGCCUUGCUGGGAGACUGUCCCGGUGAGGACCUGGCCAGAAGCAUGAGAUCCCUAAAUAGGAGGGACGCCAGGCUGGCGACGCAAUUGCUCACGGGCCAUGGCGACCUUAAUUAUCACCUGUAUAAGCUGGGCAGUAGCGAUACGCCCGACUGCAGGUGGUGUGGCGAAGAAGAGGAGACUAGUCUCCAUAUUCUUGGGAACUGCCCAGUAUUGGUCGGACCAAGAGCACGCCUGCUGGGCUCAGGCAUUCUGGAACCGGAUCAGGUGGGACAGCUGCCCUUAGAGGAUCUUCUCCGCUUCUGGAAGGAAGCGGGGCCCCGCUAA